AUGGACAAAGCAACGAUACGUCUCCUCAUUGUGGUUUUGACAAGAAUCCCUGGAAGUUCCGCGGCUGACCCACCACCCAUUGUUGCUUGUGAGGCAGUCAUCGGCAAGUAUUUAUCCGAAGAAACAAAAGCGUCUGCAAGUGAUGAAGCGGUCCUGACGGCUGUGAAAACAGUGUCGGACGCCGUGAAACGAUUGCUUGGUUUUGAGUGGCAAGCUUCUCGUGAUGAUGUGCAUGAAUUUCUUAGCAACGUGAUCCUGCUGGCUGAAGGGAGCCUGCGAAAGAAGAGAAAAGAGCACCGUCUGGUAGGAUCGUCGUUGGAAGAGAUCUUAGAUGAUCUAGAGAAGCCGUGGCGAAUUCAGACAAGAAGUAAAGCGUCUGCUGCAGACAAUACUCUAGGAGACGAAACAAACAGUGCAGAGCUCUCAGAUUACAGCGCUUGGAAGACUGCCAAUAUCAAGUGGUUGGGUGAACCAACUUUUUUUGCACCUGCAUGUUGUCCUGUGAUGAAGAUCGGGCCAAAUGGCGUCUAUGAAAACCCAGAAGAAUACAUGCAGACGGUUCUUCGUUUGUGGAUUGCAAUGACUUUCUUUGGUGGAUUCUCGGCCAUCGCGCCUCGAUGUCGGACUCGCGGGCAAUCAGGAAUCUGUUCUUCCGCUCUCUGGCCGGUUGGAAGCAGUUGCAGCACUGGCAAUAUGACCUGUCGUAGGUCUGGUUGUCGUCGGCCCGUCCUUUUUGCCUGCAGCAGGAACAAGUCUCAUGACGCUUUGUGUGAGCAGUGUGCCAACCAAGCUAUCUCUGAUCACAUUGGGCCUCCAAGUCCACGAGCGGCGACGCAUAUCUACGAUGCAACUGUGCUUCGGGUUCGAUCUGACGGAGUAGUAUACUUCAAGAACUUUCAGAGCAGGAACCCACCUCCCAGUAUUCAUUGGAGAAGCACGAAGCGUUUGUCUCCUGCGAACCUGGUGGGCAUCGUUCUUUUGGACAGCAGAAGAUCUUGCCUCUCCAGUUCGGAUCCCAUCGUGUGGGGGGAAGUUGUGUGUCAUGGAGACAGUCGAAAUGAAAGUCACCGGAGAGAGAAGGGUGAAGUUGCUGUCAACUUGGCGUCGAUUGUGGAGUUUGACGUGGACUCGUUGGCAGAGGAUGGAAGUGUGGCUAUCAUUGAUGCAAUGACCUUUGUCCCAGAAUGGAUCCCGGUAUUACGCGCUCUGGAGAACCAGCAGGCCACGCGGCUGCCUUUUGACAGCGGGAGAUAUCUGAAUCUUUGGAAGACAAACCCAGUGGAGACCUUCAACUCCAUCAUGGACUCUUCAGCGUCGGCGGAUCAGGUGUUCGCUGAGGACAAGCGUGUUCUGAUCUCUCAAAUGAUUCGCGAAAGCGAGCUUGAGCCAAUUAGAGAAAUUAGAAGGGAUGCACAACUGACAGAGCAGCUUGUGGAACAGCUGGAGGCCUUGGUGAUCAAAACCACGCUGGACAAAAUGCAGCUCAUUGCCUUUAUAGAUUCCCUGAGGAACUGCGUCCAUCUUACUCAAGGACCACCCGGCACUGGCAAAUCGUAUCUGGGCGUUGCUCUGGUUCAAGCGCUGGUGCUGAUAAGAACUCUGUGGUUAAAAAAGACAAAAACAGUUGGCACUCCACCCAUACUUGUACUUUCGUAUAAGAACCACGCAAUCGACGAAUUUUGUGUCGACAUUGUCAACGCGCUGGGUGCCUACUCACUCCGGAACAAGAUGAUCCGAAUUGGUGGUCAAUGCAAAGACCCUAGGCUGUCCGCCUUCUCCGAGCGGAACGCAUACCAAUCUGAUGUCGAAGUGAAGAAUCGACGAAAGAUUUUCGAUCGCUUGGAUACACUAAAGCAGUCCCUUGAUAUCACCAUUGAAGGGAAAGCAUCUUCAUUUCUUUCAUUCCGUCAUGCCAUGUUCGCGCCAAACGAAGACUCGUCGAACCCUGAUAGCGACGCCAAGGCACGUCGUAAGGCAGCCAUCGAAGCAACGAAAAUUCUGAUGGAUAGCAUUGGUCGAUGGGAUUUGCUUCGAGAGACUUUAAAGAAGUUUGAAGAACUCAAAGAUUCAAACCCGAAAGAAGCGGCCAAUUCGUUCGCGUUCCUCGAGUUGGAUGCUACCGGGGAAGAGAGCAGUUUGCUCAAGGAUCACAUGUCAGCAUUCGUCUGCGGAUGUACGAUGCGGGAUUCCAAGAAAGGAGGAUCACUCUUAUUGUGUGAAACACCUCUGCGAAGCUCGCAAUUGACGAUCCUCCUCAAAAUAGACCAUUUGCACUUGCACCGCUCCUCUGCUUUUCCAAAAGUGAGCAGCAACAGUUACGUUGUGGACGACGAGGAAGAAGACGAGAAUAUGCCUCUGUUUGUUGAACCAGCGACAAAAACGUGCCUGGAGAGGACUCGAAAAGGCAAGCCCUGUAAGGGUGUGGUGUUGCCAGGGCAACAGUUUUGCUACGACCAUGCACCACCCGAGCAGUUGUCACUCGAGGCGGAGCGAAGGACAGCUGUGAACGUCGGGCAAGAAACAGACCAUGGUCAGGAUGAUCACAAUGAAGAAACUAAGAAGCGAAAGAAGAACGACGACGAUGUGGAGGAGGAAGCAGUCGAAAAUCCGAAGUUGAAGAAGGAGAAGAUGAGUAUUGCCGAGAAGCGAAAGGUACAACCGAUGGAGGAUGCAAACGACAACAAGCAGCUGCAGGAGAAGUCAACAAAGAAAGCCAAAAAGGAUGAGAAGGAACCGGCAAGCUCGCCGCUACCUGACACUGAGGAGGAUGCUAUGUCGUUUCACAGCGCUGGUUCCGAGAUAGUUGACGACGCAGACGUCGACCGGUUAGAGCCCGAUGAAGUUGAAUUCGAUGAGGAGGAAGGUGAUAAUCUCCAGCAUCUUCGGGACGUUUUCGAGAUCACUGAUGGAGCGGAGGACAACUUGGAGGAUGUCGAGAACUUAGAGGACGAUGUAGCAAGUGCCACGGCCUCAGAGAGUUUGGCAAACCCCACGGCUGAUGGGAUUGAUGAUCAGGCACCUAGUUUGCCAGCAGACUGGUGUUGGGACUGGACUAUCGAGGAGCGUUGGAAUGCUUGCUACACCUUCAUGCAGGUGCUUCAAGAGCUCCUGAGGAAAGCAAGUCAGCAGACGAGGGAGGCGAUUAAGGUGGCAAGGAAGGACUUGCGCAAGGCUGAAGUCCAAGCCAAGGCCCGGGUAUACGAAAACCGGUCCAUUAUUGCCGGAACAAUGGUUGGCUGCAUUCAUCGACUUGAAGCGAUUCGUACCACCAAACCCUUUGCAGUUGUGGUUGAAGAAGCAAGUGAGGUAUGCGAGCCACUCCUCUUUUCUUGUUUGACUGAGUCCACUGUCAAGCUGGAAAUGAUUGGUGAUCAUAGGCAGCUGCAACCCUCUGUCCAAGACCGCUUUGAGUUCGAACAGUGCAACAAAGUGAAUGUUUCAAUGUUUCAGCGCUUGAUCGAAGCACCCGCUGGACAUGGUAUUCCAUCAACAGUGCUAUCGGUUCAGAGACGGAUGAGAACAAACAUCUGCGAUCUCACACGAAGCUUCUAUCUCGACGUGACAGAAAUUGAAGAUCACGAAACUGUUCACAGCCAAGUGAUUGGGCAGCGCGACAGUGGCCCUCAGAAACUUAUUCCCUCAACAGCAACGCAAGGAAGAGAAGUCCCCGGAAUCGGUCCUCAUGUUUUUCUUUGGACUCAUAAAGGGGAGCAGAAAAAGUCCCACGUCGGUGUGUCGCGUAUCAACCCUGUGGAGGCAGAGAUGGUUUGUUCGCUUGUUGCCUACCUGGUGGGUUGCGGCGUACCUCGACCUAGCAUUGCUGUUCUCACUCCCUACAAAGGACAACUGAUGCUUAUUCGAAAGAUGAUCUCAAGCGAUCGACGAUACUCUUCUCAGCGGCUACUGGCUGGAAGAUCGGGAGGAACAGAUGAGAUCAGGAUCUCCACAGUUGAUCGUUUCCAAGGCGAUGAAGAGGACAUUAUAAUUUGUAGCUUGGUCGUUGACGAGAAAUCGAAAACUGGUUUUGUCAAGCUACAAAACAGGAUGAUUGUGCUUCUCAGUCGAGCCCGCCUUGGCCUCUACAUUCUAGGGAACACAGGAUACUUUGAAGGCAAAAACAUGCCACGACAUUGGGCAGACACUUUUGGUCUUCUUCAGCAGCCCUCAACAAGCGACUCCAACGGUUCGCCCGGAGAUCAGCAGCAUGAGGAGGAGAAGCCUCGGACAGGAAGUGAACUGCCUCUUUGCUGUCCUGUCCACCGGCAAAGCCGGUCCACAGCUAAGAAUGCCGCAGAUUUGAAGCUUGGGUUCUGCGAAGAAGUGUGCCAACACAAGCUGAGAUGCUCCCAUACAUGUGCGCUUCCUUGUCAUUGGCCCAGCAACGACCAUAAAAAAAUGUGUCCUGUUCCACUGGAUUCACCAUGCACCAGACAUCAAGGCGAAAUCACGUGCCAUCAUCUCUUGACAAAUGCCCCAGGGACAAUGGACGCAACUACAGCAAUCAAUGCUUACAGGUGCCCUCAGGAGGGGGCAUCCACCCUUCCUUGUGGUCAUUGUGUACAGCUGGCUUGCUGGAAACAUGACAAGAUGACUUCAGGGGAGAUCCCCUGGCCCAACUGCGACCUACCAUCCCCAGUAUCCUACACAUUUCAGGAUUGCGAUCACACACUCUCGGUCACAUGCCGUCAGCUUCGCGAUUUCACAGCUGACCCGAACAAAGUAAAAUGCAAGGAGGAUGUGGAAUACCACCCGCCAUGCGGUCACCCCGAAAAAAUGAAGUGUUGGCAGCAGACUCAGUACGAAAGUGGUGUCAGGAAGUAUGAUUGCUUGAGGAAACAGGAGGUAAUUCUCCCGCGUUGUGGGCACGAGCACUUACUGCCUUGCAACGUAGCUCAAGCCCUCCGAAACUGGACAGGGAAGAGCAUUGACGAAGUGGGGAAGGUGGUCGAGGGCGAACAGUAUGGCCCACAGGACUACACUUGCCACAAGCAAGUUGUUCUGGUUCGUACUUGCGGUCAUGAGCAAAAGAUGCAGUGCAAUGACGCUUUUCGAAAAUCAGACAAGCUUGGCCCCUGUGCGGAAAUUGUUCACCGUGCCCAUCCUGGAUGUGGCCACCAAGUCGAAAUCCAGUGCCAGUUUCUAUCUGCAUUGGAUGGCCUGAAACCUCCAACUCCCUCAGUAGAAAUUAUUGAAGGGACGACACAACAGCCGAGUCCCUUGCCACCAGGUGUUCCAAAGUGCCAGGUUGAUGUUGAGCUUGUUCGAAAAUGUGGACACAAACAACCUAUGAAGUGCUGGCGAGCUCGGCAUCCAAAGGUUGGAUGUGAACAGCUGUUGCAAGCAAAGAGCCCCCUCUGCUCCCAUGUACUAGAGAUUCCCUGCAGGGUUCGCGGAGAACUUUCAGAACCUCUCUGGAGCCAACAACAAUUUGAGGAGAUCCGGAAUUCGAAGACGAUACAGCACAGCUUUGCUCACGAAUGUAACGUCGAGACUGCGUCAACUUCCCUGAAGAAAUGUCUGGCAACCUGCCGUGGGACAAUUUCCUUGACGCUGCCUUGCAGCCAUACGAGACAAGUGCUGUGCAAGGAGCUUCCCAAAACACUUCGGGAGCGAACAUACCGGUGCGAUGAGAAGGCAGAGAUCAAACUCAAAGAUUGUGGUCACACAGCCGAGGUGUCUUGUUCCAAAGCGAAGGAGUACUUGGCAGGAAACGCAUCGAUCCCCUGCAAGGAAAUCGGAUCGAAGGCUUGCUGGAACUAUGCUCAUUGCGGAGUGACGCUCAAAGCAAAGUGUGGGCUCCAGGGCCUGGUCGCUUGCAAAGACCCCACCGCUUGGACUUGCCCCUCAAAAAAGCAUUCUUACCAGAUCAAGCAGUGCACAGAAGGAAGUCCACUCAGUUGCCCAGGAUGUGCCAUGGAUGCGCUGGACGAAGCUAUCAAGGCUGAAGCUUUCACUCCUAGUGAAGUUCUUGAGGCAUAUCUUGCAAUGGUUCCUUCGGAGUGCAUUCAAAUGCUCCGCCCAAAGCCAGCCAAGUACAUGGAAAAAGAAAGUGAUAUGCUGGCGGCAACCAAAGUGUUCCUAACUCGUUUGCAGAUCUGGGAACGGCCCCUGUGCAGGCUCCAACGCAUUCCGUGUUUUCGGGUGUUGAGAGACAGCAGCCACACUGGGCUUGAUUGGUUUGAUCCGGUCAAACUGGCAAAGCGGAAGACAGCCGAGGGCAUACUAACUGCGCUUUGGACGAGAGAUUCCUUUCUUUGGUUGGCGUCUACGAUGAAAUCGGAUGAUGAAGAAGUGCUGCUGCUAUGUGGGGUUGCCUCUGUUGCCCGAACCCUCCUGUCGCCCAUGGAGCAGUUCCCGCAAAAGAAGAAUCUAACAAAGCUGAUGAAAAAGAUGCAGAACGAGGUAUUUGACUCGUUGGUGUUCACAGAACAAAACGGCUGCUGUCGCCUCGUGGUAUGCUACCCUUUCCCACUGGUCUCAGUAUGCCGUAUUCGACUGAAACGAUCGGACGUUGAACAAAUUGUGUCAUGCCUCGAUGGCUUGGAACCAAUUAAUUUUGAUUUGGAAAAAGUUCAGCGAGAGACAGUCCCCUCCAACCUCCUGCAGUCAGUACCGGCAGCCCCACCUCCACCACAGAAGACCGAUGACGUCGAGGAUCAGUCGGUCUCUUCAAAUGAGAGCAGCCAAGGUCACAAUCUCGAAGGAACCGCUCUGGCUGGCUUUGUGAUUGACAGAGACUUGUCCAUGGAUUGCAUUCCUGAGAGCGUGCAAUCUGAUUUGCGCAACAAGAUGAAGUUUUCCAAUGCCAAUGCCACCCCUUUUGCUGGAAUCAAGCUCCUGCGCACGCUCAGCAGUUCCACCAAAAUAACGACACCUCUGCUGAAUCUUCUUUUUGCCGCCGAGUUUAUCAAUGGCGAUCGAACCCAAGCGGCUCAAUAUCUUAGAUAUUACCUAACGGCAGUGGACGCGGAUGACAAAGGCUCGCAUCGCAAGGUUCAUCCGUGGACACUGAUUGUGGCCUCACGGUUGGAACAUGUUGGCAUUGGAUGUGCUCGCUUGCUGCGCUUGUUCCUUUCCUUGUUCCCGUCAGAGAAACAUAUGUUGACAGAAGCAGAGCAGGAGAUGGCACUUGAUGAAAGCGACGAUGAGAUGUCUGUGGCAACAGAUGAUGCUUCGGGGAUUUCAGUGGAUCCAUUGGUCGCACAGUGGUCCGACCUGCAGUCGGCGCAUCCGGGAUACGUACAGUCGGACGCAAUGGAUGAGCUCCUCGCCAUGACGGGGCUAAAAAAAGUGAAAGUCGAAGCAAUCCAGCUAUGGGAGAGAGCGCUUCAGGUGCGAAAAAUGGACCCCGAGACGAGGAAACGAAAUGCUGUCUCUGCCAACUACGUCUUUUUGGGCAACCCUGGCACAGGGAAGACAACAGUUGCCCGAUCCUUCGCGAGAAUUCUACACGAUUCUGGUUUCCGUGAAAAUGACGUUUUUGUUGAGACCACGGCUCAGUUGGUGAAGGAGGGUGGCAUGGAUGAGUUCAAAAAGGACGUUUCAAAAGCCAUGGGCGGAACUCUGUUCAUCGACGAAGCUUAUGAUAUCGAUCCCGUGAACGAUUACAAAGGCAAACCAAUAGCCAAUCACAUACUGACUCUCUGCGAAAACGAACGUGACAACUUGUCAUUGAUCCUUGCUGGGUACGAAGACGAUUUUCAAGAACGCUUCUACAAGUACAAUCCGGGCCUCAAGAGCCGCUUUCGUGAAAUCACGUUUGAUGACUUUGAUGAAGAAGAGCUGACACGGAUAUGGACUGACAUGCGAAGCAACAAGCGUUGGUCAGAGGCUGAUAACGUUUGUACUGUGAUGGUGAAGCGCCUGAUGAAGCAGUCGGGGAAGAAAGGAUUUGGCAAUGCCCGUGACGUGAGGAACCAUCUCGAAAAUGCAACAAAAAGUGCCAUGUCACGUCUCGGCGACAACUUCGAUCAAGACAAUAUGCAACUCGAAGUAGUGGACGUCAUUGGGGAAGACCCGCGUCUUUCGAGUGGUAAACUCUUGGCGGUGACCUCAGAAAUCGACGAAAAGAUUGGCUGGCACCGUGUGAAAGCAGCAGUUCAAGAGUUGCUUGAACUCUGCUCGACAAACUACCAAAGAGAGCUUCUAGGCAAAACCCCGCUGGCAAUGGUGAUGAACCGAUUAGUACUCGGGAAUCCAGGGACUGGCAAAACUACAUUUGCCAAGCUUUAUGGUAGGCUCUUGAAGGAGCUUGGGUUUUUGAGCAACGGAGACGUCGUGUCGAAGACUGCAAGCGAUUUCGUAGGCUCCCACAUUGGAGAAUCUCAGACCAAGACAAAUUCCAUACUCGAAAUGGCCAAAGGGAAGGUACUCAUUAUAGAUGAAUGUUACGCACUUGAUGACCAGAACUUUGGAAAACAAGUGCUGGAUACUCUGGUUGAAAAGGUUCAAGGCUCUGCGUUUGAUGACAUUGCUGUCCUGCUCCUUGGAUACGAGGAACCGGUGAUGAAGAUGAUCAAGGGGCAGAAUCCAGGGCUCAAACGGCGGUUCCCAGUAGAGCACGCUUUCUACUUUGACGACUACAACGACGAUGAGCUGCUGGCUAUCCUAGAACUCAACCUCAAGAAACAGGGAGUUCAAGCUACCUUUGGCUUUAGAGAGAAGGCACUCGACGUUCUGCAGCUUCAGAAGGGCCAGAGUGGAUUUGGAAAUGCAGGUUCCGUUGAGCUUAUUGUCAAGGGAGCGACGACCAAGGCGGCAAAACGUGGCACCGCAUCACCUGAUUUGAUGCUGACAGAAGACGACAUUGAAAACGCUGGAGCGAACAGAGCAGACAAGGACGCGAAUCCACUGGACAAGCUUGACACACUCUUCAAGGUGGACAAGAUCCGAGCUAAGCUUGAAGAGAUGCAGAAGAGUUUGAUUGUUGCAAAGAGAGAGGGAAGUGAGAAGCCGGAGCUUGGCCAUUUUGUCUUUCGUGGUAGCCCAGGUACUGGAAAGACCACCCUAGCCCGAGUUAUAGCUGAUGUUCUCUUUAGCCUUGAGCUGAAACCUUCCAACAAGUUGGUGGAGAAAUCAGCGCAGGAUCUUACAGCUGAUUAUGUGGGUCAGACAACUACAAAGGUAAAAGAAGCACUUACUGAAGCCAAGGGAGGUGUCUUGUUUGUGGAUGAAGCCUACUCGCUGGGUGAGGGUCCAUUUGGGAAAGAUGCAGUGGACACUAUUGUGCAAGCCAUGACCAGCGAGGAGUUUGCAGAUGUUUUGAUAAUCAUAGCUGGCUAUCCAGAUGAAAUCAAUGAUAUGCUCAACACAAAUGUGGGCCUGAAGAGCCGAUUUACCAACUUUUUUGACUUUCCAAACUGGGAAGCAUCGGACUGCAUCACUUUCUUCAAGAAGUGCUUGGAAAAGGAGAGCUUCAGUGCUGACAAUGAUGUGCUCGAGAAGCUGGAGGAAGGAUGCAUGGUGCUGAGUGCACUUGAAGGCUGGGGCAAUGGUAGAGACAUGAUGCAGCUUUGGAAGGAAGCAAAGAGUCAACGUGCAUCAAGGGUCUUUGACAAAACGGAUGAUUUCGAGAAAGUGAUUGUUGUCAGCGAUGUUGCAGUUGGAGUCGAUGCUAUGAUUCAAGGCCGUAUCCCAGGAUCAACUGUGUUACCUGACAAUGAUGUCGAGCCCCUUGAGAAACUUUGCAAAUUGUAUCGUAUGGAAGGCAUCAAAUCAAAGCUGGAGCAGAUGAAAAAGGCAUGGGCUGUUGCUAGAAGGGAAGGAAAUGUUGUUGGCAAGCUUGGUAAUUUUGUCUUCAAGGGAUCUCCAGGCACUGGAAAGACGACGGUUGCAAGGGUCAUUGCUGAUGUGUUGUUUGGUUUGAAACUCAAGCCAUCCAACAAGAUAGUUGAGAAACCUGCAAUGGACUUGAUUGCCGGCUAUGUAGGGCAAACAGCAGGGCUUGUCACAAAAGCACUGAAGGAAGCCAAGGGUGGCAUCCUGUUCAUUGAUGAGGCCUAUGACCUUUGCAGAGGUGGUUUUGGUGUGGAGGCUGUCAAUACGCUGGUGGCGGCCAUGACGAGUGAUGACUAUGCAGAUGUGACUAUCAUUAUCGCUGGAUAUCCAUUGGAGAUUGACCAAAUGCUCCGGUCAAAUGCUGGGCUCAAGAGCCGCUUCAAACACUACUUUGACUUUCCAGAUUGGGUUGCUACAGAUUGUAUUCAGUUUUUGAACCUGUGUGCAGUCAAUGAUGGGUUCACUAUUGAUGACGAGACUCUUAGAAAGCUGCAACCAGGAUUUGAAGAGCUUCGGAACUUGGACGGGUGGGCCAAUGGUCGAGAUGUCCAACAAAUGUGGGAAGGCUGUUUGCAGCAACGAGCAGAACGAGUGUUUGACUUGCCCGAGAGCGACAAGCACAUCUUGGCCGACGAUGCCGCACCAGCACUGUUGGAAAUGCUGCAUUCCAGACGAGAAAUUGGAGGCAAGAGCCGCGUGAGCUUUCCCACAUCGCUCGACCAGCUGAUGCAGGAAGCCUCGGGAGCACCACCACCUGCCCCGUCUCCACCUUCCCAGGCCGUUGCGGACUCGACAAACAAUCGACCGUCCGCCAAUACACGGGAGAGCGUCCAAAAACAACAGAAAGCCAAUGUCGAGUUGGAUGAGUCUGACGAGCAGACAGAAGAGGCAAUCGAUGUAUCCGAUGAUUCCGGGCGUGACGAGGGGGUUCCCGACGAUGUCUGGGCUGAAUUGCAAGCCGCCAAGGAAGCUGAGCGUCAACGAGAAAUGCAAGAGGAAGAAGAGCGUAAAGCCUACGAAGCGUGGCUCCAAGAGCAGGAGCGCCUGGAAGAAGAAGCGCGAAGGAGGUACGAAGAGGAGCUGGAACGUCUCCGGAGAGAGCUCGAGAAGCAAGAGCUAGAGCGCGCCAUUCGUGAAGCGGAAGAAGCGGAACGAAAACGACAACAAGCCAUUGAAGCAGAGCGACGACGCCGAGAGGCCGAGGCAAGGAGGCGCCAGGAAGAGCAGCGACGAAGGGAAGAAACCCAACGACGGCUACAGCAAAUUAAUCCUUGCCCCGCUGGCUUUACUUGGUACAAGCAGGGAGGAGGAUGGCGAUGCUGCGGUGGAAGUCACUUCGUCAGCGAUAAAGAAUUGCGCAGUCGUUUCUCAAGUGACAUGUAA